AUGCCCGACUACGUCAUCCAAGGCUGCACGAUCCAAGACAGCGCAGAUGUAGCCCGCAACAACAUGUCGUCGUUCUGGCAAGACCCUAACUGGCGCAUCGUCUGGAAGCAUUCGACCCUACCACGAGUCAUUGAGGCGUGCACCGCCCGCUCCCCACGCAACCUCCUCAAGGACCGGGCGCUCCUCCGCCAUUUCAAGGCCGUUGAUCCGGAAACUGGAGAGUUUCUGGGGUACGCCCGCUGGAAGCUCCCUCCUGGGUAUCACAGCAAAGAGGAUGGCAGCCCCGUGUGGCCCGAGGGCAAGGUCCCGGACGUCACCACGGAGGAGAGGGCAAAGAUCGAGGAGGUGGCAGAUGCCGCGGACUGGAACCCGGAUGACGAGUCGGAUGAGCUGGAUGCGCCUAUCACGAGGAGGAAGAUUGAGUACUUGGCGAGGAAGGAGUAUCUUCUGCUGGACUUUUUUGCAGUGCACCCGGAGAACCAGGGAAAGGGCGUGGGGACGGCCCUUCUCAGGCAUGGUAUUGAGAAGGCACGAGAGAUGAACAUGGACAUCUUUGUCCUCGGGAUGGCAGGGGGUUUCCGAAUCUACAAGCGCAUGGGAUUCAAGUUGAUGGAGGCUGUGGUCCAGGAUGCCACGCGUUACGGGGGGAACGAUAACUAUGCUUUUCAGUUCUUGGAGUAUGAUAUCAAGAAGGCGGAUUAG